GCACUGUUGGUGCUAUAUUGGGCACAAUUAGGCACUUUGCAAAACACUGUUAGCACUAUGCCAAGCAGAGAUAUUAGUAUUCAAAUACCUGCCAUUUUUAUUGUUUUUACACAUGUUGUGUCCAUCUGA